AUGUCCAAUUUUAUUGGCUGGUUGAAACAAUCAUCUACAAACAAUUCAUCACAAGUAGUGGAUGAUCUCGCCCAAUUAGAAAACAAUUCCUCAUGUUCAACAACAGACAGCAAGAACAUGAAACAACAAACUGAAAAUAGUAAACAAACUGCUAAGAAAUUGCCAACAAUAACAACAAUUAAGGAUAUAUUUAUUGAUGAAAUUACUAUACAUAUAGCACGGUAUUUGCCAUUGCGAGAUUUGAAUGAAUUUUCACAAGUGGAUUCACAUUCUUUGAAAUUAUUAUUUAAUUUGGAAAAGAAUUUUGGAGGAAAUUCAUUGGAAGAAAAUGGCAUUGGACAAAUGGAUUAUGAUAAGGAUGAAGUAAUGGAGUUUGAAAGAGUUCAACAAUUGAUUUGGGCACCUCUGGUUCAAUAUUGUUUCCCUAAAUUUGGAAAGAAUCUAAAUGUUAAAAAUUGGAUGCAUGUACUGAGACGUAGAAUGAAACAUAUCAAAUUGCACGGGAAAAACUUUAUUAUUGACACUCCUGAAUUUGCAAAAACAGUAGAGCAACAAGUAUACAUUGAGAAUUGCGAAUUUAUUUACAAAUGUCCAUUGCAAUUCAAUCAGUUACCAUCCAUUUCUAAUGUCAGAUUUUGUAAUGUUUGUAACAAGAAUGUUUAUAUGGUUCAUGAUAUGGAAUCAUUUGAAAUGCACAUGAUACAAGGAGAUUGCAUUGCCUUUACUCCUAUCCCUCCGAUGCCAACUUCAAUUCCAAUGCCAAUUACAAGCAUUGCUGGUGGAAUGCGUCCUCCACAUUGGAUUUCAACUACUCCUCUUACAUCGGUUAGGGCUAGUCCAAACCCCACCAAAGAAUCAUCCAGAAAUGAAAUUAAAACACCUAAGAGUGACAAGUAG